AUGAACUCUGGGCGUCGUGUGUUUUGCGCUCCUUCCGGCUCGUCUCCAGCAGAUAUGCCAGCACGUCGAUUACAGCGGAGUCAUCAUCAAUCCUAUCAACCAGUCUAUGUCAUACAACUGGGUGCUGCCCCAGCCCCUGCGGAAUCAAUGGUUGUAGAUCAAGUUAGCGAAGCGCGACCAAUUUCACACCCCUCAGUUCCCACCAUAGCUCCCAAACUCGACGCACCAGCUACAUCCUCUCCAGGACCGGCAAAAGGAAAGCGACCACUUCUCCCACUGGAUGAUCGAGAAAUGAGACGAAGGGUAAGUGGUUUCCGUUAG